AACUUCCUGCGUCUCCCGCACACGUGCGCGUGCAGUGAGAUGUGUCUCUUUGGUAACGCGCACCUGCUACACCAACACGCGGCGUGUCACUGUGACAGCUGUGACGGUAGACCCUAAAACUAUUAUCACACUACGCAGUUACAUUGUCGAACUCGGCGAAUCAUUGGGUUAAACUGAGAUCUCAAAUCUCAAAGCAAAAGCGCAAAACCCCGGAGGAGAUCAUGUCCACAAGAGAGGUGACAGAGAAAACAGCUGAUGAGAGCGCUGAUGACGAGACAGACUGGCUCUAUGGAGAUGACAAUUUUGAAGAAGAAGAGACAACAGAAAAGGAAGUUUUCAGUGCUCUGAUUGGUGAUGUUGAUGGAGUGAGUGGACUCAAUUACAAGGAAAGUGAAUCAGACAGUGAUGAUGAUGUCUGUGUGACCAUCGGUGACAUUAAAACAGGCGGAUCUCAGGGCUCGUCAUUUGGUUCUAGUUCCGUUAGUCUGAACAUAAAGACCUCUGUUUCAGGCUCCAAGUCCAGAGGGCUGGAUCUGGAUGCUGAAGGCAAUGUCCUGAAGGUGGAUGUGGAGUCCUUUGAGGAGAAGCCAUGGAGGAAGCCAGGUGCAGAGCUGUCUGACUACUUUAACUAUGGUUUUAAUGAGGACACCUGGAAGGCUUACUGUGACAAACAGAGACGACUACGCAUGAGCCUAGAGAUCCUGAGCCUGGUGUCAUUAAGCAAAAUAAUGGUUCAUCAGAGUUCUAGUAAUGAUCUGUCAGAACACUCAACCAGGAAGUCGAGUGGUGGGAUCAAUGUUAUCGGAGGACAAGCAGGGACCAUCAGUCGAGUGGAAGGAAGAAGACGUCACAGUGCUGAUGAAAAUAACAUCCAGGUUGUGUCCGAGCAAUCCUCGGACACAGAGCUAUCUUCCCCAAAGCUGUUGCCCUUCUUUCCUCCCAAUAUCCCACCUCCACCUUUUCCUCCUCCCUCCAUCAGCACCACUCUUCCCCUCAUACCACCACCUGGUUUCCCAUUACCUCCCGGGGCCCCUCCACCUAUGAUACCACCAUUAGAUAGGUUGGGGUCAUAUAGAAACUGGAGAGAGAGACAGAGGAGAUGUAGCAGAAAGACGAAGCAAGAACAUAGCAGGUCACUAUACAGGCAAAAGAAGGAGAAAAAGAAAGACAGAGAAAGAAAGGGAGAGAGAAAGAGCAGUGGACGUUUGGGAGGCUAUGAUCGACGCUCAGCUACACCUUACCCCUUCCCUGCAGGUGUGUAUACACCUGCAGUGGGCGUGGCUUCAUGGUCAGGUGUGAUAGACAGCAGCAAGGCAUGGGAAAACUACACCCGUCAUAACAAAGAAAGGGUUAGAGAGAAAGCCAGAGAAAGAGGACACACAAAAGACCAAGAGCAGGAGAGAGAGCGUUAUAGAGAAACCGAUCGAGAACACAGCCCCUCCUCCCAAGAGCACAGAAGUGAGGAGGAGCGUGUGUCUCGACACAGGGAUCACCAUCAUUACGGAAGCGAGAGGUACCGAGAAAGCUCGAGAAGAGAAGGAGUGAGAGACAGACAUCGAGAAAGAAGACACAGAGACAGGAAUGAACAACAUAGAUCCUCACGCAGUGGAAGCAGUAGGAGGCGUCAUGAUAGUGAUGACGCAGAUAGCCACAGGAGACACAGGCACAAACGCUCUAGACACAACCGAGGAAGCCUUGAGCCCAGCGAGGAGUGCAAUGUGGACCAGGAGAACCAGUCAGAGGCCACAGAAUAACUCCAUGACCAGCUGGUGAGCCCGUUUGUGGACCAAUAGGAGGUCUUUAGUAAAAGAUCAUUAGUUUUAUCACCAGUC